AUGGAGAAGGCGUUGGAACGGUAUGGAGUCACGCACCGUUUUUCUACCGCGUAUCAUCCACAGACGAGCGGUCAAGUGGAGAACGCGAAUCGAGGAGUGAAGAGGAUUUUAGAGAAAACGGUCGGGAAGAGUCGGAAGGAUUGGUCCGACAAGUUAGAUGAUGCGUUAUGGGCAUUCCGCACCGCCUACAAAACGCCGCUAGGUACGACACCGUUUAUGAUAGUUUAUGGGAAAGCGUGCCAUUUACCGGUCGAGUUAGAGCAUCGGGCUCUUUGGGCACUCAAAACGGUGAAUUUAGAUUUGACCGAGGCCGCUAGGAGAAGAUACUUCCAAAUUCAUGAGUUGGAAGCCCUUAGGGAUGCGGCAUACGAACGUUCAUGGAGUAUUAAGGAGAAGACGAAGGCGUCGAAGUGGACGGGACCGUAUGUUGUGAAGGAGGUGUUUCCGCAUGGUGCGAUCGAGCUUUACAAUAAGGAGAGUGACGAGUCGUGGAAAGUGAACGGUCACCGGUUGAAGCAUUAUUUAGGAGGGCCCAUCGACGACGUCGAGAAGGAGGAAACUCCUCUCGAAGAUCUUCCGGAUACCACCGCGUAG